CUACAUCCCCACUACGCAAGUGUUCGCUUACAAGUUACAGGUUAUAAUUUUAUGUUGUGCGUUUGUUUAUUGAUAUCGAGUAUUUCUUUUGGAGUGUUGUUGGAAAACUUGAAUUUUUCAUCUAAGUUCGUACUUUACUUAAGAUGUCCGAAACUUCCGCGAAAAAAGCCCCCAAAUCGGCCUCAAAGGCUAAACCCGCAAAAGUCAUCGAGACCGCCGACAAAGAAAAGAAAGUCAAACAGAAGAAACGGCAAAAGAGGCCUUACGGUCGUCUGUACGCCAGAGCAGUGUUCACAGGUUUCCGUCGUGGACUCCGUAACCAGCAUGAGAACACAGCCCUACUCAAAGUUGAUGGAUGUGACUCUAAAUCCGAUUCAUGGUUUUACGUAGGAAAGCGAGUUGCUUAUGUAUACAGGGCUAAGCGUUUAGUUCCAGUACCUGGACGACCAAAAAAGAAGUCUAAGGUACGUGCAAUCUGGGGUAAAGUAACCCGCCCUCAUGGUGCCACUGGAUCAGUACGAGCAAAGUUUAAGACAAAUCUUCCUGCUAAAGCAAUGGGACACCGCGUGAGAAUUAUGAUGUAUCCUUCUCGUAUAUAAACAUUUGUAACACUGACAAUUAAAAGUUUAAAAAAAUAAACAAAAAAAAAGGAUAAAAACUAUACAACUUUUUAUUUUAUUUUA